UCUGAGUUCUUUUCAGUCAGUCAGCCGGUGCGUUUCGUGCGAGUGACACGUGAUAUUCGUUUGUGCUUUGCUCGUGUUAACUGUAUUCAAUUUAUUUAGUUAAUUUUCUUUUUUUUAUUAAUUAAUUUAAAAUAAAUUCCAAAAGUUAAAAGUUCAAAAAAUAUAUAUAUAUAACGUGUAAUUGUAUCAAGUGUUAUUUGUGAAUGAUAAAUUGAAAUAAAGAGAAAGGUGAUUAAAAAUUUUUGGAUUUAUUGAAGAAAAUAAUCACAUCUGCUCUCGCACCUUCUUUUAGAUAAGAGGUCUUUUGAAAAUGAGGAGAUUAAAGCACUGACGAUAACAGAUUGUCUACUUUUUCUUUAAUAAUAAUUCGAGAUAAAUAAUCAUUAACGAUAGAAAAGGAAAAAAAAAUGUCGAAACCAAGUCGACGUCCCAGUAUUUCCAUCCAUGAUUAUCCGGAGCAUUUAAAUCCAUUUAAUGAUAACAGUUCCAGUGUUACUAUGCAAAUGCGCAAAGAUAAUAAAUCAACGGAAAAGGAAACAAAACACAAAUUUUGGAGUUUUGGUAAAGGAAGAAAAAAGAGGUCUCAUAGUUUUUCAAUAAAAUCAACAUGGAAUGGUUUGUUCGGAAAGUGUAAAGAGGCUCCGGAAGCGCCCGAGCGUCGCUCAAUGAUUACAACAGUUUCCACGACGUAUAAAAGAGGAGAUACUAUAAAUUCUAGCCAAAAUGGUAGACAAUCGAAAACGUUAACUGAUCAACAGGAAUUUGAUGAAGCAUUAGGGACAUUGGCAAGAAGAAGGAAAUACACUUUGGACAAUGGUUCCAGAUACAAUUCUAGUCUGACUGUGAAUGGCGAUCCUGCCAGAAUAUAUGAUGGAAGUCCUCAAGAAACAACCGCUUCGAUUAUGGGAGAUCUCACACCAAAACCCCCAGCACGAAAAUUUGGACAAGUGAGUCCAAAGCCGAAAGAAAAAAUUCCUCCUCUUGAUUUUGAAGGAAAGGAACAUUUAUCCAAUGGAUAUUUAGUUGGAGACGAUAGGGAACCUGAUCGUGCACCAAUUCCACCCAGACGAAGUGGUUUAAGAGCGUCGCAGAGAUUUUCGCCAUCGUCAGAUAUUGAAGAAGAGGGCUUGAAAUCAGGUGAUGUCACUCUUCGAGAUGAAAAUGAAAACGUGCCUGAUGAUUAUAUAUUUAAGAGAUUUAGUCAUGAUGCUGUGAGAAAAUCGAAUUUGUCAAUUAAUAGUUGCAUCUCGAUUUCGAGUAACGCAAGCGGUUACACUAGAAAAAAAAGAAGAGCACCUCUUCCUCCAAAACUCAAAAACCCUGUGGAAACUACAGAGGAAGGUAACGUUUCCUUGUCGGAAUCAAGAAUACUGGAAACUCCAGUCGCUGAUCCAUUAGAAAUAUCUCGUGUCGCGGAAGAUAUUGAAGAACUCACAAAAAAAACUCAAAUUGAUGAUGAUAAUGAUGACACAUCAAAAAAAUCUAGUCCAAGUGAAAAGAACAUCGAGAUUGCACAAAAUCUCGAAAUAAACAUUAUUGAAGAAGCCGAAAAUUCCAAAGAAAAUUUACCAAAAGAUUGUUCCCAAAUUGAAUUAUCAUCUGUUAAAUUAAAGGACAAUGAAGACACGUCGAAAAAUUUACAAGAUGAAAUAAUAUCCAGCGAAACAAAAAUUGAAAUUCAAUUAUCCCAGAACGAAGAAGCAGUCGAAGUGGAACUUCGAAAGAAAUCGGAAGAUUCAUUAGAAAUAAUUAAGGAAGUUAUUCCUCAGGAUAAUUUAAUAAAAAAGAAAAAAUCACCCACAUUAUCGAGAAGCAAUAGUUUUUGUGUCAAGGAACAAAUUGAGAAAAUUGAGAAAAAAUUAAAUGAUCUUGAAUUACGUCGAAAAUCGGAAGACUCGACCGAUCAAUAUAAAAAUUAUGGACGAUGUUCAAUUGAAGAAAAUCGUCGUCAUUUUUUUCAGGAUCUCGUCAAUGAUUCAACAACGGGGGGAGUUAAAGUUGAAUUGAAAGAACUUCCCCGUGAGCAAACCGAUUGUCACGUUAUUCGAUUAACGGAUCCACCAAUUUCUGUCGAGGCAUCGCAAGAUCCAGUUAAAAUUAUCGAAUUACAUAUUCACGAGCCAAUUCGUCAGAAACCAGAAAUUCUGUCGGAUAAUCCAAUUCCAAAACCACGACGAAAUAGUGCCUUAAGUCUCGAAAGACAGCCUUCCAUUCACGGUGAUAUUAAACGGGAAGAUUCACAUCCGAUUGGAAGUUCAUUGUAAAUGUUUUCAAUCAGUAAAUAUUGAUGAAUCGCAUUUCUUAAUGAUCGAUUUUUUUUUUUUUUUUUAAUAUUUGAAGAAAAAACGCAAAAUGAGAUGCGAAAAAAAUAUUUGAUAGACUGCAGUUUUUAAUUGUUUAUCGAAUUUAGAAUUUAAUUUACGAUUCCAUUUGUAUUAACAGAACAAUAUUGUUUUUCCUCGAAAUUUUGAAAUUAUUCUAGAAAAUUAAUUUUGUUUUAUUGUGAUUAAGUUUUUAUUGUUACGUAGAAAGUUGCGUUGGAGCAUAUUGAAAAAAAAUUAUGUUUUAAAAAGUGAUUUUUUGUCGACUUUAUGAAAGUCUUGACAAAAAUCGUUAAACUCUAUUUUUAUUAUUUAUUUUUGAAAAUUUCAAAAUUGCUCCUUAAUAAUCAAUAUUAAUUCGACAGUGUACAUUGCUAUAAUAUUAAUAAUAAAGUAUAUUUAUAGAA